UUCUGUGCGUGGCGACGGGAGUUUCGGCGCAAGCGGUUGCUGAGGCCUUUUUCCUGGCCGUGAAGCCGAAAGAGAAUCGCAACUUGAGGGGUGCGAAGGAGUUCCACUGGGUGACGAAGGAUCGCGCGCUUGUACAAGGAAAGGCUGCGCCUACCGGCGGAGGUACCAUCAUGGAUGCAGGCUUCCUCGAAUUGUCGACGGAGGCGUCGACCCCGGCGGCCACAGUGUGCGCAACGUGCUCUCUACAUUCGGCUGCAAAGUUGGAUGGGGCUUCCGAAGUACAGGCGAAUACGGAACAGGCCGCCAAGAAGGCGACAGCAGUCUCGGCGGCGAAGUCCAUCACACCGAAUGCCGCUAGUGGCAAGCAGAUGUCUGCCGCCUCCGAAGAGUCGGUGGAGCAGGAAGAGGGCACCGAUGUUCAGCCGGUGGCAAAUGUCGACGAUGCGGAAGAGGCGCUGCGGCUGGCGACCGAAAUGCUCGAUCUACGUGAAAAAUACGAUGAAAUACGUAAAAAAAGUCCUCAAGAAAACGGGUGUACCGAAGAGCAAGCGUACCAGUGGCUCAAGGGGGAGCGGGAAGCAAUGAUCUCCGAGGGCGAAUGCGAAAAUGCACUGUAUCAACUCUGGAUGUUUGAUAGGGUUUUGGCGCCAUACGGUGAACACAAUCAUUCAGAGAAAUCCGACCACUGCGAGGUGGCAAAGAAGCUGUAUAUCCUGGCGCGGAACAGAGAUCUUGAUCUGCUACGGGGAAGCGCCUCUGACGCAUGCAAAGGUCGACUCGCUAAAUGGAAAGGGAUGAUGACCGUUAUUCACGAUCCCCCUAGUUUCUUCUCCGUCACACAUAUCCAACAAAAUAGUCCGUACGCUCAUGGUAUUCAGCAUCUGGACAACUUCCUGGAGAAGCAAGAGGAGCUUCGCACGCUCCUGGCCGGUUCGUUCGCUGCCGCCAUUCCUGUUCUGGACGACAGUGUGGAUCUGUCACUGCGACCCAUCGAGUUCCUCUUCAUCCCGAAGAAAAAGCUCGCGGAUUUGAUCAAGAAGUUGAAGGUGCUCGCUCAGCCGGGCUCCCCGUAG